AUGCAGAUAUUGCACAGAUUUACUGAUAAGGUUCUAGCUCUCGAGACCCUGGACCCUUCCGAACUGAUCCCAAUGGACAAGACAUACAAAGACCGGCUCGCAUUGCGCAAUGAACUGCUCGAGCAAUACCAUGACAUCGUUGUGGCAGUCAACGAGAACCCUGAUUAUGUCUCAACCCAAGACCCUCGCAUACGUGCCGCAGUACGUGAGCUGUAUACAUUCGUGCUUGGCACAUACCUUCCAAGCAGAUACCCAAGCAUGUUCCAGUUGCGACAGAACGCAGAUUCAAAGGAAGAGAUGUUUGAGAAUCUCAUUACACACGACACCUGGCCGGUAUCCCUCUCGGUAGAAACACCGACGAUCCGAGCACUUGAAAUACUUAUGCAAACCGUGGACGAAGACUUUUUAAUUCUUCUACCCGAGAUUUCCUCCGUCGAUUCGCCAAAAUAUGUCCUACAGGCCUACACGACCUGUUUCCCGUCCGGCUUUAACCCACGCGAGAAGCUAGGUCUUCGCCUAGCGGAGAUUCAUAAGCCUGUACCUGGAUAUGCAGAGAAGCUUGAGCGGAGUAUGGACCGAUUCUUUGCUCGAGUUCAAGUGGGAAAGCCGGUGAAGAGGGUAAACUGGAGUGUUACGACAGAGGCCCAAUUAUUUGCUGCUUUUGGCGGGGUGCAUGGCCAUCAAUCUUCGCAUGGUGAUGGCGCAGAGAGCAUAAAACCAAUAACGGGUGAAGAAUUGAAAGUUGAUCAGACGGUUUUGCGGGUGGAGCGGCAGACACUGCACCGACUACCCCAGUCCAAGGCACUGGUCUUUGCUUUCCAUACGUAUACUUAUCCAAUCCAGCAGAUCAAGGAUGAGGGCCUUGGUGAGGAGUUGGCUCUCGCCAUUGAUGGCCUAAAGACAGGCAAUGUUCCGGCCAUGCACUCGUACAAGAGAGGUGAUGUAUGGGGGAACGCCGUGAAGGAAUUCUUACGGUGCUAG